AUGGAUCAAACUGCCAGCCCCGGCCCAAUCAUCAUGAUGAUAAACACACGCGCAGUCACACACCCGCUUCCCGCCCACCCACGACAAUUCCCCCAACCUCGAUCCCAGACGCACCACCGAGCCCAGGUGCUUGCGGAUGAGGUCCGGGUACUCGCGCACAGCCUCGGAGAUGGAGCAGAAGAUGACGCCGGCCUUUCCCAGCUCCUCGCGGAAGGUGGUGGCGAUGGACACCGAAUCAAACACGGCAUCGACGGCGACGUUGGCCAGCCGCUUCUGCUCGGCCAGGGGGAUGCCCAGCUUGUCAAAAGUGGCCAGCAGCUCUGGGUCCACCUCUUCCAGGGACCCCUUCUUCUCCUUCUGGCGCGGGGCGGAGUAGUAGCUGUAGGCCUGGUAGUCAAUGGCAGGGUAGUCGUUGUCCGACCAGGUCGGCUCCUCCAUGGCCAGCCACCUGCGCCACGCCUUGAGCCUGCGCGGGGUGCGGGGUGGACAGGGGUGAGGGGAUGGUUUUGGAAGAUUGCAUCAUGUAUCGAGGGCGCCGUGAUCCCUUGUGGUCGAAAUAGGCAUGCCAUGUCCCAUGCCCAAUCCCAUGAACCCAGCCAGCUGCCUACCUAA